AUGGCGGCAAACAAGAGAAAGUUUACGGUUCCAUCUGUGGAUAAUUUGGACGAGAGAAAGGAAGUGUCAAAGCCAAAAUCGUUAUUUAAUGUUUACAAGAAAUCCACUGGAAGUGUUCAGGAGACAACAGAUGAUUCUUUCCCGAGGGCUGGUCGUGCUAAUGAUCUUGACAAAACUGAAAGCUCUCUGAAAACGAUCCAAAAAGAAGUAAGCUUAGUACAGUCUCGUGAAGAAAACGAUUCGGGACAAAGGACAACUGUGGAGGAUAAUUGUCUGCUAAAUCACGAAUCUUUAGUUAAGGAGGCUGUGUGUCCUGCUGAGAACAGCCUUCCAUCAGCAAAUGACAGUGGAACUGUGAAACCUGCUGUUGUAGGAAAGACUUUCCGUGAAACGUUUGCUUUCCUAGACAAUACAAGUCACUAUAAAGAGACGGUUGCAAAGAUAAAGGAAAAAGAGUAUGUUAUAACUGGUUUAUUUACCUACAAUGACCUCGUCAAGCUGCGAAAUCGCCACCAAGAAAUAUAUAUCUUAAUACGUAUCGAAAGGACAAGUCUCUAUAAAGAAUUCUUUCACUUUAAAUAUACAAUGAAAUUUAAAGAUGUAAGGUUAAAGUGACAAUAUUUACUUACUUUCAUGAGACAGGCUGUUGAAUUUUAAACAAAUCGCGCCUCUCGCGCGGUGCAAAUAAGCCGUAUUAAGCUAUAAAAAAGUCGCAAUUAUUCACAAAAAAUAUAACUAAAGAUGAGAAAUUCGAUGCAAGGUGUCAAUUAAAAUUGAUAAACUUAUAUUUGCAUUGUGCUCGAGGAAGAAGUAACAAUCGCGGGAAGUAAACAGUGUCAAUUAUUGCUGAGUUAGUAUGUGGUGGCAAGUAGACUUCUUGGUGGUGAUUUCGUUGGUGGUGAGAUGGUUUGGUGGCGAGAUGACCAUAAACCACAAUGUUAUAUCAGCCUCUCUCCAUUGGUCUAGUGAUCUGUGCCUUUAAAAAUUUUACCUGAUGCACCUGUAUAAUGUACACAUAAUUUAUGAAAAGAAAAAGGAAAUUUCUUGUGACAAAUUUUCUGGGGUUCAUCAAAUGAUAUUUACUUGGAAAGGGUACUUAAAAUUCCCUACUUGUUUGUCCUGGAAGUGGGACACUGUUUGAAGCCUUAAGAGAAGGGCAUUGGCCACUUAACUGAGCAAGUCUUAUCAGAAAUGAUACCCAGAGGUUAACUGGUAUCCCCAGUGACAGGAUGUUGAGGACUGCUGCAGCAGAAAAGCAGCGGCCUCUGUAAUUUGAUAAAGAGGCUUCUCUCUUGUGUUCUUGCAUUUAACACCACUCUUCCUUUGCAGAUCAACUAUAGAUACCAGAGUUCAUCCUGGUCCAGUCAGUAAUAAGCCAAAAAGUAAUGCAAUUAUUGUAAAUCCAAGACAGGUAAUUCCCAAAAGACCACUGUUUAGUAAUGUUUAGGGUCCCUGUACAAGUCUUUGACUCUGCAGGAAAAAAUUGUUUAGAUUUUUCAGUUGCUGAAACUAGUCUUAGUCCAAAACAAUGUUUUCUUUCACAUCUAGACAGGUAGCAGAAUUUGUAUGCUUGAUUUUCAUGCCAAAUAAUCCUGGUAAUGUAAGUGAGACAAAGCAGUAUUGAUCUUGAUGGCAGUCAAAGAACAAUGAUGAUAAAUGAUGUUAUAAUACUGGUCAGGGAGCUGCUCCCAUGAGCAUUUCCUAAAACAGGUCGUAUGUGUCAGUGUAAGGAGCCUUUAUCAUUGUGCAUUAUUUGUAAUGUUUUCCCUUGAAAUUUCUAGAAAGGAAAUCCAGUACUAAAGCAUGUCAGGAAUGUCCCAUGGGAGAUGGGUGACAUCAUUCCUGAUUAUGUUCUGGGUGCUACAACUUGUGCAUUAUUCCUAAGGUACAUGUAUGGACUUAUUUUACUUUCUAUUAAAAGCUAAAAGUAAUUGUCAUGCCAGAAAGGGGACGGAUUAAUAAGAACUAUGCUGAAAAUCCGCAAUGGACAUAAAGCCAAGGGAACAUGUUUUUUGUUUUGUUUUGUUUGCUUUUGUUUUUGACCAAGAAAAAGGUUUCAUUGUUUUAUUUCUUUACAGUUUAAGGUACCAUCAUUUCAAUCCAGAGUACAUUCAUGAAAGACUAAGGCAGCUGGGACAGAGAUUUGAGUUAAGAAUACUUCUGGUUCAAGUAGAUGUGGUAUGGCAGUAGGAUUAAUUUUAAGUAUUAUUUACUAAAUAUUAUUUGUUUUGAAUUAAUGUUUUACAUGGGAUUAUUGAAGGGGCAGGAUAUGCUAUACUGUACGGGGCCGGUGUAUGUAGGAAUGUGCAUACUUACAGUUCAAGAUAUGCAGGCAAUAAAAAUCGCUAUAAAUCUGCUGGUGACAAAAUUUAAAAUUAUAGGCAAACAGUCAAUUUGUUAUUCAAUUUUAUUAUCCAUGGCAAUAGUCCAGUCUCGAGUUAGCUAUGAUCGCUGAAUAAAAGAAGUGAAGACGCAUUUUUUUACAGGCUUAGCCUCUACCAGGAAAUUGAGUAGCGGUAAUUUUGAUUUUCAGUGGACAAAAACCUUGUACCAGAAUAAUUUAAAGCAUAUUGCCUUCCUUUUUACAUUUUUCAAGGCCGAAAGAAUAUGUAAUUAGUCAUCUGUAAUAACACCAAAGAAAAUUUCUUAUGGGAGCCCAAGAAAAUGAAUGUCAAAUUUCACAAAAUGACAUCUAAAACAUGAAGUUUUCAAAAUUUUACCUGUUUUUACACAAUUCUUGUGAAAUUUGACAUUCAUUUUCUUCGACUCCCAUGAGAAAUUUUCUUUGGUGUUAUUACAGAUGACUAAUUACAUCUUUAGCCCUUGAAAAAUUUCAAAAAGAAUGCAAUAUUCUUUCAUUAUUAUUCCGCUACAAGGAGUUUGUCCACUGAAUAUUAAAAUUACUCAAUUUCCUGGUGGAUAUCUGUCUUAAUACAUUUAUUUCAGGUUAAAUUUGACUUCAGGUUGAUUUUGAUUUAACCUAGGUUGAUUAUCAAUUUCCUCUGUCUCCUUGCCCUUAUUCAUGAAUAACUAGGGCUAGGAGAUAAAAGGAAAUAGAAAAUCAACCAAGGUUAAUUAACAGUUAAUGAAUGAGGCUGAGUAUCUUAUGAAGAAUUAUGGAGAUCGAGGAGGGUGUUAUCGGGCGGAUAACACCCUCUGAGAUCUCCAUAAUUCUUCAUAUGAUACGAAAGCCGAAUUCAAUACCUGUUUUAUUAUUCAUUCAAAAUAAGUCCUAGUUUAAAAACAUAGCUAAAACAUGCUUACCUCCAUCGAUCCAUCGAUGUUCAGUUCAUCUUCGAUAGUGUACGUUUAGGUUUGUCCAGCUCCGCAAAUAUUCUCCAAAAUAUAUAGCAGAUGUCGCCCUCCAAGUUGUCUUCUUGCUGUUCCUGCCAUGUUUUUAGCUAUAUUUUCACCUUGUUCUUCUUGAAACGAGUGAAAUGUCCGCCAUUUUUUCAAGUUCACAACCAAAACAACUCAACCUAGUCCCCAGGUCUUCUCGGUUAACGGUACCUUAACCUGCGAAAACGCUGCAUUUUUGAUGUCAUUUCCUCGUUAAAGUCAAAAUUCUUCCAAAUUUGGUCAUCAGUAACUGGUUAUGGUGAAUUAAACGUGUGCUUUUAGCCAAUCAGAAUCGGGGAAAUAUUUUGAAUGAAUAAUAAUAAAUUUUAACCUGAAUUUAAUUUUGACCUGUAAAAUAUUCACAAAUUCCAACCAGAAGAAGACCUGGUUAUUGCUCUGUCUAUUGUGUAUUUUUCAAAUUUCAAACACUUACUUACUUAUUUGUGAAUAUUUUACUUUAUGUUGAGGUUAACCCCUUUAAUGUUUGUAUUCAGCUUUAAUUUUUAAUUUUUGAACUGGACUAUUGACCUCUGGUACAAUCACCCUAUGCACCCUUAAAUAUUUGAAUUUAAUAUAUGUUUUUCCUCUCAAAGCGUCUAAAAGCACAGUUUUAUUCUUCCCACACUGCAGACUCAAGAGACUGUUUUUCUUUGUUUUCUCCUUAUAAAUUACAUAUAUUCUUUGUUUUGUAGAUCUUAAAAUAACUUGGUUGGAUUCUUUACAGCAUAUUCUUUUCAACUGUUUUAGAACUAGAAAUUAAAAGGCUUAGGACUAACUAAAAAACUGACCAGUUAACUACGCUUCUAUGCUCUAAUAACACACUGUAUAUGUUGCAGUUAUCUUGUGGGUUUAUUUUUGUACUCAAAUUUUAACUUAUUAAAUUACUGGUAACCUGAAAGCGCAACAAAUUAUUUCUUACAACCCUCUCUGCACCAUAGUGAUAGAUUUUAAGCAUUUUAAAUAAAUUGUGGUUGUGAAUGUACAUGUAGUCAUCACGCAAAUUGCAGCAGUUUAGGAAUAAAACAUAAUUCUUCCAAACAUUUGUGGAAAAUUAAAGUCAAGGAAAACAGUAGUAAGUACACACUGCCAACUACUGGCGUGCUCUUGAAAAUACUGAAUCAUAAGGAAUGAACCUUAAUAGACGUCACUUGCAAUGUUGGGUAAAUGUUUUUCUUGUAUUCAGUGACUUCAGUCAUGGCUGACUGUACCCUCAUUUUUUUUUUCAGAAAGAUCCCCACCAGACACUAAGAGAGCUUGCUAAGAUGGCAGUCAUGGCUGACUGUACCCUCAUUCUUGCUUGGAGGUCACUAAAAAUUAAUCCUGAUUUUAAGAAGAGUUUUGACAUAAACCAAACCAAACUAACCCUGGCCAGUCACAUAAGACAGAUAUAUCAUAACAAUGUUAGCGUCAAGUGGUCAAAGUUGAGUCUUUGUUACUUGUUGGAAGUAGAAAGUUGUGUGAGUUUUUUAAGCAAAAUCACUUUUAAAUCGGAACAGUGUAGGAUAAAAGCAGUGAUAAAAUAUCUUCUGGUUCCAUUGAAUUGAGAAAAGCCUUCUAACAUCAUUACCUGUGAAUUUCAAUCUGAUUUUGGGUGGCUUCUACACUUGGAUUUCUAACAGAAUGAAUGUCAAACUGGAGAAAUUGUUGGCAAAUACUCUUGAUUACAGGGAAGUACAGACCACUUAAUCUUGAUGGGCUGUUAUCACUGNUGACUUCAGUCAUGGCUGACUGUACCCUCAUUUUUUUUUUCAGAAAGAUCCCCACCAGACACUAAGAGAGCUUGCUAAGAUGGCAGUCAUGGCUGACUGUACCCUCAUUCUUGCUUGGAGGUCACUAAAAAUUAAUCCUGAUUUUAAGAAGAGUUUUGACAUAAACCAAACCAAACUAACCCUGGCCAAUCACAUAAGACAGAUAUAUCAUAACAAUGUUAGCAUCAAGUGGUCAAAGUUGUGUCUUUGUUACUUGUUGGAAGGAGAAAGUUGUGUGAGUUUUUUAAGCAAAAUCACUUUUAAAUCGGAACAGUGUAGGAUAAAAGCAGUGAUAAAAUAUCUUCUGGUUCCACUGAAUUGAGAACAGCCUUCUAACAUCAUCACCUGUGAAUUUCAAUCUGAUCUUGGGUGGCUUCUACACUUGCAUUUCUAACAGAAUGAAUGUCAAACUGGAGAAAUUGAUGGCAAAUACUCUUGAUUACAGGGAAGUACAGACCACUUAAUCUUGAUGGGCUGUUAUCACUGCUUUAUCAUGAAAAUAUUAGUCUGCUACACAGCUGUUUUUAGUGUCGUCACGCAACGCUCCUCCCCACUAAUGGCUGCUGAAAAUCGAACCACAUUUGUUACCCUUUGUGUUUGUGGUCUAGUGAACAAACCAAUCAUGUAUAAGAAACUUGACAAUGCUAGAGCCGCAGGGCGCUAGGAGCGAACACGCUUCUCAGUUUUGGACAAAUCAAUCAAUCGUCGCUGAAUUUUGAUGGGCCCUAAGUCUGCAAGCAACAAAAAGGUUGUUUGCAGAAAAGUUUGUUUUAAGCGGUUAACAAAAUUCCAAGUGAAAAAAAAAGAGGUUUGAUAGGCCUACAAGACUCUUACCAGGAUCGGUUGGUUCUUUUUAACGUGCAUAUGUAUGAUGAAUUUCAUGUGCCAAAUGUGCUCAUUGUGUUGUUGUACACGUGAAGCUAAGACUGUGAAGACUAAACUCCCAGGGGUACUGAUUCAAACAAGAGCAAUCUUAUAAAUUAUCAAUAAGCCAUUUCCCGAACCUGUACCCAACAACUUUAAAAGCACAUCCAUGUUGUGCAUCAUAUUUGCUCAACUGGCUUGCUGUUGCUGCUUAUCCCAAAAAUUUUGAAAGGACUCGACUACGACAACACUACUCUAGUUGAUUGCUUGUUUUCACGUGACAAUUUUGAUUGUUCUGUCAUUCACACAUGGGGCAACGAUAAAAGCAAAGCUGUGACUGGAGGAGUCACUAUACCACAAACGUGGCGUGAACACCUUCCAGAAAAUGGGAGCUGAAUUCUAAUUGGCUAAUUGUGGGAAAGUAAUGUGGUUCGGUUUUCAGCAGCCGUUAGUGGGGAGGAGUGUUGCAUGACGACACUAACAACGGCUGUGUAGCAGACUAUGAAAAUAUAGACAAUGAUCAAAAGUGUCAAAGGUUUUAAAUUGCUGAACAAGUUCUCCUCAUCAGUAUCAGCUGGGGAAAAGUGUGUGGAAUAUACAUUCUUUUACAUUAGGACUAAUAGGAUAAAAAGGUUAUUGUGAUGACUAAAUCAGCCUAAUCCUGAGGAACCACGUUUCUAAUAAUGUGUGUUUAUUGUCAUAGUCCUGAGGAGGCUGGAAGAUACCUUGAAACCUACAAAGUUUAUGAAAACAAGCCACCAGAUGCCCUUCUUGGUCAAAGUGAAGGCGAUUAUCUCAGUAAGGUAGUGCUUAAUUUUUGUAGCCUGCUGUACAGCUCACUUGUAUUCUUUGGCAAUUAUAUUACUCGCCUGGACACAUUCUUCAAAGCCUGUGGGAGCAUCCGGUUUUUUCGGCUCAAGUUUCUAGUUUCACCCACCAAGAAAAACUAGAAACUUGAGCUGAAAAAUACGGAUGCUCUCGCAGGCUACAUUCUUGACUGAUAAUGUUGUUUCUUUAAUAGCUCACAGACUGUCUGACUACAGUGAAGGGUGUCAACAAGACUGAUGUGGUCUCUCUUACUUCCACAUUUGGGGUAAGCAUUUUAAAUAAAUUAUAUAACCCCCCUUAUGUUUUAUAAAUAAUUUAUGGCAAUGUGGUGGGGUGUAGUCAUAUUUUUCAAUCUUUUUGUUGUUAUUGUGCAUGUAUUUUCCUCCAACCUCUAUUAAGCCCCUAGUUAACCUAUCGUAAAACAUAUGUUACACAAAUACUGUAUUUUUUGGUAAAAUUUCAUAAUUUAUUUUAAAUUGUAUGAUUAUAUUAGGUGGGAUUGAUUUUAAAAUUACUUGAUGCAUAAGUGGCACCACUGAAUCAAACUGAGGAGUUUUUUGGCAACCUACAUAUAGAUGGUUUUUGAUAUGUACCAUAUGUUAUGUUUUAUCCAAGAGGAAGUCAAUAUUUUUUUAUUGUAGGUCUAAAAAAAUACUAGGGUGACAACUUCAUCUUCAAGUCAUGAUAACUAUGCAAAUAUUUGUUAUUUGAUAGUCCCUUGCAAACAUGACAACAGCUUCAAAGGAUGACCUUGCAUUGCUUCCAGGAUUUGGGCCUCUUAAGGUACAUAGUUUUUGGUAUACUGUUAUUUUAAGUCAAUAAAUUUUGUCAGAUUUGCAAAAAGCCUGCGGAACCAGAGUGCAAACGAAUAAUUAUUGGUAAUUUCAUUUAUAUUUAUAAUUUUUUUUUCUCCUAGCAUCAACUUAGGGUUCAGAAACACGUUUUUGUUGAGGACAUAUUUUGAUCAAUUUAAUUUCUUCAUGUUUAUUAUUCAAGGGUAAUCAGAAGACUUUGAUCCUUCAAUUUUGAAUUUAUUUGCACCCAUGUGUUUUCCAAAAAGCUCAAACUGCACACAAAAGACACACGGGUGUAAAUAAAUUCCAAAUUGAACUCUAAGUUGUAUCAUAACUCGUACUAAUACUAUUCGGUUUGUCUUACUUUAGGCCCAGAGACUUCACAAUCUAAUUCAGCAGCAAUUUAUUGCAAAGAGAAAAACAGGACUAGGAGAUGGAAAGGAACACUAG